UCUGUGUUGUGUCUCAGUUCUGUAUUAAGGAAGCAUAGAGCGGAGAAUGGCGGGCCUGUGGAGAUCCUAUCAGGCUCUGAUGACCAGGCAUCCAUGGACUGUCCAGAUAAUCACAGCCGGCACGCUGGUGGGGGUGGGUGAUGUCAUCUCCCAGCAGGUGCUUGAGAGGCGGGGUCUGGCCAAUCACAACGUGACACGGACGGCCAAGAUGAUGAGCAUCGGAUUCUUCUUUGUCGGCCCUGCAAUAGGUGGCUGGUACAAGGUUCUGGACAAGCUGGUCACUGGGGGGACUAAAAGUGCUGCCAUGAAGAAAAUGCUUGUCGAUCAGUUGGGCUUUGCACCGUGUUUCCUGGGCGCCUUCCUGGGGAUCUCUGGAACCUUGAAUGGACUGACUGUGGAGGAGAACGUUGCCAAGCUCAAGAGGGACUACACAGAUGCCUUGAUCUCAAAUUACUAUCUAUGGCCUGCAGUCCAGAUUGCCAACUUCUAUUUUAUCCCACUGCACCACCGAUUGGCUGUGGUCCAGAUUGUAGCUAUCGGCUGGAAUUCCUACUUGUCCUGGAAAGCCAAUAAGAUGUGAUGGAUAUUUCAGGACCCGCCCUACCUCACACAUAUAGGACUAUCAAUGAGACUUUUACACCUGCAAAUAGUGUGAUACACUGAAUCCAGAAAGCUGUGAAUCGCACACUAAGUUAGCAGUCAGGAAAAAAAUUGUUAACAAACACUAUGAAAUAUUCAAACUUGGGAAAAAAAGAAACUUGAAACUCAAACUUUUGCAUAGUGAAAGAUUUUUGUGAAAUUUUGUCACAUCUACACUACUGGUCAAAAGUUUGGACACACCUACUCAUUCAAGGGUUUUUCUUUAUUUUUACUAUUUUCUACAUUGUAGAGAAAUAGUGAAGACAUCACAACUAUCAAAUAAGACAUAUGGAAUCAUGUAGUAACAAAAAAAGUGUUUAACAAAAAACAAAAAGUAUCAAAUCAAAAUAUAUUUGAGAUUCUUCAAAUAGCCACGCUUUGCCAUGAUGACAGCUUUGCACACUCUUGGCAUUCUCUCAACCAGCUUCAUGAGGUAGUCACCUGGAAUGGAUUUCAAUUAACAGGUGUGCCUUCUUAAAAGUUAAUUUGUGGAAUUUUUCUCCUUAAUGCGUUUGAGCUUGUUUUGACAAGGUAGGGGGGGGGGGGUAUUCAGAAAGUCCAUAUUAUGGCAAGAACAGCUCAAAUAAGCAAAGAGAAACGACAGUCCAUUAUUACUUUAAGACAUGAAGGUCAGUCAAUACGGAAAAUGUCAAGAACUUUGAAAGUAUUUUCAAGUGCAGUCACAAAAACCAUCAAGCGCUAUGAUGAAACUGGCUCUCAUGAGGACCACAGCAAGAAAUGAAGACCCAGAGUUACAUCUGCUGCAGAAGAUAAGUUCAUUAGAUUUACCAGCCUCAGAAAUUGCAGCACAAAUAAAUGCUUCACAAAUUUAAGUAACAGACGCAUCUCAACAUCAACUUUUCAGAGGAGACUGUAAAUCAGGCCUUCAUGGUCGAAUUACUGCAAAGAAAUCACUACUAAAGGACACCAAUAAGAAGAAGAGACUUGCUUGGGGCAAGAAACACGAGCAAUAGACAUUAGACCAGUGGAAAUUUGUCCUUUGGUCUGGAGUCCAAAUUUGAGAUUUUUUAUUCAAACAGCUGUGUCUUUAUGAGACGCAGUGUGGGUGAACGGGUGAUAGGAUGAUCUCUGCAUGUGUAUUUCCCACUGUAAAGCAUGGAGGAGAUGGUGUGGGGGUGCUUUGCUGGUGACACAGUCUGUGAUUUAUUUAGAAUUCAAGGCACAAUUGACCAGCAUGGCUACCACAGCAUUCUGCAGCGAUACACCAUCCCAUCUGGUUUGCACUUAGUGGGACUAUCAUUUGUUUAUCAACAGCAUAAUGACCCAACACACCUCCAGGCUGUGUAAGGGCUAUUUUUACCAAGAAUGAGAGCGAUGGAGUGCUGCAUCAGAUGACCUGGCCUCCACAAUCCCCCGACCUCAACCAAAUUGAGAGGGUGUGCGAUGAGUCGGACCGCAGAGUGAAGGAGAAGCAGCCAACAAGUGCUCAGCAUAUGUGGGAACUCCUUCAAGACUGUUGGAAAAGCAUUCCAGGUGAAGCUGGUCGAGAGAAUGGCAAGAGUGUGCAAAGCUGUCAUUUACAUUUAAGUCAUUUAGCAGACGCUCUUAUCCAGAGCGACUCACAAAUUGGUGCAUUCAUCAUUCAUCAUGGCAAAGGGUGGCUAUUUGAAGAAUCUCAAAUAUAAAAUGUAUUCUGAUUUGUUUAACACUUUUUUGGUUACUACAUGAUUCUAUAUGUGUUAUUUCAUAGUUUUGAUGUUUUCACUAUUAUUCUACAGUAUAGAAAAUAGUCAAAUAAAGAAAAACCCUUGUUCUAAAACUUUUGACCGGUAGCGUAUAUAAAGUUACUAUUAAUGCUAUAAAAAGUUGAUAGUCAGGCAGACUGUAGUUGACAUAUAUAUACUGAACAAAAAUAUAAACGCAAUACGUAAAGUGUUGGUCGCAUGUUUCAUGAGCUGAAAUAAAAGAUCCCAGAUAUUUUCCAUAUGCACAAAAAGCUUAUUUCUCUCAAAUGUUUUUGUGCACAGAAUUGUUUACAUCCCUGUUAUUUCUCCUUUGCCGAGAUAAUCUAUUCACCUGACAGAUGUGGCAUAUCAAUAAGAUGAUUAAACAGCAUGAUCAUUACACAGGUGCACCUUGUGCUAGGGACAAUAAAAGGCUACUCUAAAA